AUGCCUAUUCAUUUAUCUCUUGAAGAUCGAUGGCGAAUCAUUUCAUUACGUUUAGAUCAAGCUAUGUCUUCAACUAGAAUAGCUGCCAUUGCUAAUUGCUCAAUUCGAACGGAUCAUAAUAUUUUACAAUUAUUUCGUGAGACGAACGAUGUCAUUGAACGUGAAGGUCGUGCUCGUGCUCGUGCUUCAUUGAAUAAUGAUGAUACUCAAAUAUUACGUCGACUAUUUUAUCGAGGUCAACAAAUCCAACGAAGUCGUGAUAGACCUUAUCAAGGUUUAAUGAAUAAUUUUAAUUGGUAUAAUGAUAAAAAUUUUAUUAUUCAAAAUGGAACUGAUCAAUGUUCACCAAACACAUUAAGUUUAAUUUUUUAUAAUACGUGUCAUGAAGAUACCCAACAUCAAACAACAUCAACAACACUUCAAGCUAUCGAUUUUUCAUAUGGAUUAACACACAACACCAUACGAUUAAGUACAAGUUAUAUGACAAUAGAUAGGGAAGUUAAUCAGACUAUUAUUCUUAUUCCAAGUGUUAUUAAAUCACAACUUUCCUCUUCAAUUGAUGAACAUCAAUACAGUGAUCAAGUAACUCUUUAUAAAACUGAAGCUGGACAUGAUCAUCAUAAUGAAAAAGUUCGUGGUAUUGAUGCAAAUGUUAAAAACUUAGGUGAAUUGGAACAAUGGUGUGAAGGUAAUGUAGAAGUGCCAAUUGAUGAAAAUAAAGCUUUUGUUGUAGCAUACAAAAUAUUAUAUGAUAAUGAAGAAUAUGAAGAUGAUGAAGAUAUCGAAGAAGAUGGAAAUAAAUUCCGUACAUUUAUAUCAUCUGUUCGUUUGCUCAACAUUGCAUCAAUGUCGUCACAUUUACAUGCUGAUGCUACAUAUAAAUUAGUUUGGCAAGGUUUUCCUGUUUUAAUUGUGGGUACUACUGAUUUUAACAAAGCAUUUCAUCCAUUUGGUUUAGCAGUAUGUUCAAAUGAAAAAACUAAAGAUUUUGAAUUUAUCUUCAAUACUAUUCAAGUUGGUAUGCAAAAAAUAAAUAAAGAUUUACUAAAACCAACAGCAUUGAUAUCUGAUGCUGCUGAUGCAAUUAAAAAUGGUAUCCAUUCUAAUGAACUUUCAGGUUUUAUGUAA